AUGCAGGGUUUGGGCCCACCAGCACCCGCCCCAUCACCCUUCCCGACAUCACCCUCCCCGACAUCACCCAGGGCGCGCAGUACCUCAAGGGGAACAGAGCAGCCUGGUGGCCGGUCUCCAGGCGCCACCAAGCAGGAGCACCGGACACGGAGCACCGAGGGGCCCUGCGCCUCGCCCCGGGGGUGGCCGCAGCGCGGGCCCGGCGGAGCGUCCACACGGCCCACGCUGUCUCUGCAGCACGCAGGCCUCCUGGCCGCGUGGGAUCCCACCUCCUGGUGGAAGUCCAUGUCUGCCCCCGCCGCCAGCAGGGCCACGUCGCAGAAGAGGCGCGGGGGCCAGCACCGCGUGUUUGUCGGGAAGGCCCCGAGAGCGAGGCUUCCGCUUCACCGCCGACCUGAGGUCCGCACCUGCGGCCGGGCCGCGCGUGCGUGUCUGAUCCGGGGCGACCCUGCCGGCAGACAGCUGCCCCAGGCAAGUCCCGGCAGAAACGCGCAAGCACCAAGACCCGGAGGAAGGCGGCCCAGCCUCAGACACCUGCCAAACUGGGUAUAA